UGCAUUGCUGAUGCUGCUGCUGGCAGACAUGGACGUGGUGAAUCAGCUGGUGGCCGGGGGUCAGUUCCGGGUGGUCAAGGAGCCCCUUGGCUUCGUGAAGGUGCUGCAAUGGGUCUUCGCCAUCUUCGCCUUCGCCACAUGCGGCAGCUACAGCGGGGAGCUCCGGCUGGGUGUGGAGUGUGCCAACAAGUCCGAGAGUGACCCCAACAUUGAAGUCGAAUUCGAAUACCCCUUCAGGCUGCACCAAGUGUACUUUGAUGCACCCACCUGCCGAGGGGGCACCACCAAGGUCUUCUUAGUGGGAGACUACUCCUCGUCUGCCGAAUUCUUUGUCACUGUGGCCGUGUUUGCCUUCCUCUACUCCAUGGGGGCUCUGGCCACCUACAUCUUCCUGCAGAACAAGUACCGAGAGAACAACAAAGGGCCCAUGCUGGACUUUCUGGCCACAGCAGUCUUCGCCUUCAUGUGGCUAGUUAGCUCGUCAGCAUGGGCCAAGGGGCUGUCAGAUGUGAAGAUGGCCACGGACCCAGAGAACAUUAUCAAGGAGAUGGGUGUCUGCCGCCAGACAGGAACCACAUGCAAGGAGCUGAGGGACCCUGUGACCUCGGGGCUCAACACCUCUGUGGUGUUCGGCUUCCUGAACCUGGUGCUCUGGGUCGGCAACCUGUGGUUCGUGUUUAAGGAGACUGGCUGGGCCGCCCCAUUCCUGCGCGCGCCUCCUGGUGCCCCCGAGAAACAACCGGCACCCGGGGACGCCUAUGGUGAUGCGGGCUACGGGCAGGGCCCCGGCGGGUACGGGCCCCAGGACUCCUACGGGCCCCAGGGCGGCUACCAGCCCGACUACGGGCAGCCAGCCGGCGGCGGUGGCGGCGGCUACGGCCCUCAGGGCGACUAUGGGCAGCAAGGCUACGGCCCGCAGGGUGCGCCCACCUCCUUCUCCAAUCAGAUGUAGUCUGGUCAGUGCAGCCCAGGAGGACCCCAUGGGUGGGCAAGAGCUCAGGAGAAGGCCUGCCCCCCUUCCUACCCCUAUACCCUAGGUCUCCACUCCUCAGCCAGGAGACCCUGUCUUUGCUGUUUAUAUAUAUAUAUAUUAUAUUAUAUAUAAAUAUCUAUUUAUCUGUCUGAGCCCUGCCCUCACUCCACUCCUCUCAUGCACUAGGGGUCUUGAGUGGGCCCCUCUCUCACCCCUACCCCUUCCCCUACAUCCCUUAGCCCCUCUCUGUGCCUAGUCCCUGUCCCCUGAGGUUAGGAGGCUCUGAAAGGGGGACAGGGAGGAGACAGACCUCGGCUGUGUGGGGAGGGUGGGUGUGACUUCAGACUCUCUCCCCUCUCUCCCUGCCCUCCUUCCAACUCUGGCCUUGGUUCUUCCAGAAAUGCCUGAACAGAGGCCAUUAGGGGAAAUCCAACCCCAGGGUGAGAGGCAGAGAUUGGGGGGACUUGGUGUAGAGUGGACAGCUUAGGACCCAAGGCGGUCUUGGAGGGGUGCUCUGGAGUGGAGGAGUCAGUAUAUGGGACAUACCGGAUCUGCAGUCUAAAGGAGAGGGGUGCCCUAGAGCAUUCUGGGGUGGGGCUUGCAAGGAGACAGAGGGUAUGGUUCUGGAAGGGGCAGGGCUUUAAGUGAGGGAAUGGAUGGGCUGCAGAGUGGCAGGUCUUGGAUUAUGUGUGGCUUGGAACACUCAGGAGUAUUGAUUCUAAAGGGAACAUAUCUUGAGCAGGGCAAGAAGUGGGAUUCAGGAACGGGCCAAGUUUGGGAUGAGAUCCUGGUCAGGGUUCCAAGUGGAGUGUGGCUUAGAGUGGGGCUUGCAUGAAUGCUUCGGAAGGGGCAGCCCCCUCCGUUGAUAAAAAGUUUUAAAGUGGGUGGGUUUGGGCAGUAGGUUGGGAGGGGGCACUUGGUUAGGAGCUUCAGGAUGGGUUUGUUAGGGGUGGGGAGGAAUGGCCCUGGCCAAGGCUGGGGACUGAGGCGGCCUGGGAGGAGCUAAGGGAUAUAUCUUGGAGGGUGAGAGAAGCACAGCCCACACUCUUGCCCACCCCGUGACAAGAUAGCUAGGUACUCAGAGGACAGAGCCAACGGGUCUGUGGGGCUGGCCCACCCUUCUUCCCCCCUUCCCCUGCCCCCUCCCUUCCUCCACACCCCCACCCAUCCCGUGGUGGUUGGAGGCCUGGUCUGGAGUCCCUAUCCUGCACCCUCUGCUGUGUCUGUGAUGUCAGUAGUGCCUGUGAUCAUGUGUUGCCAUUUUGUCUGGCUGUGGCCCCUCCCUCUCCCCUCCAGACCCCCACCUUUUCCCGCACCCUUUGGUAUUGUUUGAAGACCCCCUCCCCAAGGAAGAACAAAUAUGAUUAAUUCUCCUCUCCCAAAUAAACUCCUCACCAUCUAGUC